AUGCUCAUCGGCAUCGCGGGCAACGUGAUCAAGCAGAACGCCAUCAGCCCGCCGCCCCGGGACCCGUCGAUGGCUUCGGAGGAGGAGGCCGGCCGCGCCGGCAAGAACUUUGUUCGCGCUGCGCUGCUGGGCCUGGGCGCCACCUUUGCUGGCGUCCUGCUGUUUUCCGCCCCCGAGUACCUGGCCCAGUUUGCUUCCGUGAAGCUUCCCGAGCUGCUGACUCAGCCCGGCGUGCAGGUGUCGCUCAAGUGCGCCGGCUCCGCCUUUGCCAACUGGGUCAUCACCGCCUACUACUACUAA